AUGGAUGCCGCCAAAGAAUUGAUCGGAGCGGAAAAGUCACGCAAGUCUGGCAGCAAGGGCAAAGGCGAUGCGAAUGUGGAUAAGGAAAAGAAGUCGAGAAAGGGCAAAAAGGAGAAAAAGGCGAGCAUCAAGAUUCCCGCAAUGGCCAUGGAUGGUGAUGAGGAGGAGCAGGAUUUUGAGGAGGCCGGUGCCGCAGAUGAGGCCGGCGAUGAUCUUCGAUCUGCAGCGCAAAUAGUCGUCGAUGCGGCAGACGACCUACACGUAGCUGUAAGCGAUUCGCACGAGCGUUCUGCGCUUGACACUGAGAGCGAUGCAGCGGGCGAGGCAGAGGAUGCAGAGGUGGAAGCUAUAUCUCACAAGGAGCAGCGCAAGAGGCGGAAGCUGGAAAAGGCGGCCGCAAAGGCUGGCACUGGAGGGAGUGCAGACUCUGUUCCGCUGGCAACAGAGCCAAAAGCGCCAGCACGAAGCGGCUUUAGUCUCUGGAUUGGCAACCUCAGCUUUCGAACGUCCGAAGCUCGGCUGAAAGAGUGGCUGGAGGAAGGUGGCAUCACUGGCAUUUCACGCAUACACAUGCCUUCUGGACAAAAAAAGAUGGAACACAACAAAGGGUGAGUGACACGAGUCUGCAUGUUGCACAAUUUGUACAUUCUUCUCAUCUUUUGCUACCCUCCAAAACUGCUUGGUCAAUAGCUAUGCUUAUGCCGAUGUACCGGACGCCGACAUUGUGCAAGCGGGAAUUGCUCUUUCGGAAGGGCAUCUUGACGGUCGGCGAUUGCUCAUCAAGUCUGGCUCCGACUAUACCGGCAGACCUGCAUUGAAUCCUUCUGCAGUGGCAUUCGCAACCACCCAGCCCGAGGGAGACGCUGGAGAUGGUAAUGUGAAAGCAACAAGCGGUAGCCGUGGAAGGACUGGUUUGACAAAGACUGCGCAAAAGAUUCUCAGAGCGCAGAGGAAUGCGCCUUGCGAGACUCUGUUCGUGGGCAAUUUGUCGUUUGCUACCACGGAGACCAGCUUACGGGAGCUUGUAGAGGGAGCAGCCCAGGCUCGGCAGGAGCGCGCUCCAAAGGAACCGCUGGCCGGCGACGCAAGUGAUGAAGCAAAGACAAAAGCGGACCAUGACGACGCCUCGAAUGAGUCACGAGCUGACGCAGAAGAUGCCCCUGCCAAAGAGGACACUCGAAAAAGAAAGAGAGAGCAACCUGCGCGCCCCAACGAAGUCAGAGGAGCAGGCAUACGCAAGAUUCGUAUGGGAGAGUUUGAGGGCACAAACAAGUGUAAAGGGUGAGUUGCGCUGCGAGUCUCUUCGUCGCGGCGAGCUCGCUCUGAUGACGCUGCGCGAUAUGUACCCGCGCACAGCUUCGCCUUUGUCGACUUCCACACGGUCGCUCACGCCACGGCGACGCUCAUCAGUCCUCGCAUGCGCUACCUUGACGGUCGGGAAAUCAAGCUAGAGUACGCCAGUGUGGACGCAGUGAGACGAGGCGCAGUCAAGAACCGCAACGCUGCCGGUGCUCACGAAGCGGGACACAGACCGCACGCAAAGGCACCGCACGGCUUCAGUCGUCGCAAGCCUCAGAGGGACGCUGAAAAUCUCUACGAUGGUGGUGCAGAACAUGCAACUGCUGGGCCUGCACCCCUUCCCGGCUCUUUUGAUCCUGAACAGCCACUUGCAAGGGCGCACAAGCCGACAAAGGAAGAGAGAGAAGCAAGAAGAGCUGCUCAAGGUCAUUCGAAACGGCGCCAGGCGCCAGGCGCAGCUCUUGCCAGCGCGCAAAGAGAAAAGAUCGGCAUCGCUGCCGAUGCCGUGCCUCAGGGCAAAAAGAUUGUAUUUUAG